GAGAGGUCGGACUGCUUUUUCCGCGUACCAGCGUACCGGAAGUUAGGAUACCACUGUGCUCAAUGUGGUCUAGCUUCAAAACAAAAGUUGCUGGCGAAAAACAUUAAAUUAUUCAUAUUAAAGAGAAAUAAUAAAGUAACAACAACAUGUCUGAUAACGAAGACAACUUUGAUGAUGGAGACUUCGAUGACGCCGAGGAGGACGAAGGAUUAGACGACCUGGAAAACGUGGAAGAUGAGGACCAGGAGAACGUACAGAUCCUUCCAGCAGGAGAGGGUCAGCAGGCAAACCAGAGAAGGAUCACAACACCGUACAUGACUAAAUAUGAAAGAGCGAGAGUGCUGGGAACACGAGCCCUCCAGAUAGCCAUGUGCGCUCCUGUGAUGGUGGAGUUAGAGGGAGAAACCGACCCUUUACAGAUCGCCAUGAAGGAACUAAAGAGCAGGAAGAUCCCCAUCAUCAUCCGCAGGUACCUCCCCGACGGCAGCUACGAGGACUGGGGCUGCGACGAACUCAUCAUAACCGACUAAACAAACCCGGACUUUCAGCUGAACUUUAGAGCUUAGAUGAUGUCAAUCAGAAGAAACCAAUGUGUUUAUUUUAAAACCUGCAUUGCCCGCAUAAGCCAGUAGGGGGAAACGUAACUUUGCUCAAAUACAUUUUUUUUUAACAAACUUAUCUUUUGUUGUAAGUAUUCCAUGUGUUGAUUUUGAACAGAGUUAAUCAGUUUUAUUGUUAUAAAUAAAGUCUUUUUUUACAA